UAGCAUUAGACUCCGACACAGUGAUAGUCUGCGAAAGAAGCAGCGGACAGCGAAGAGAGAAGAUGGCGAUUCUUUGUGCUUCGACUUCAGUAGUCGUCUCACCUUCUUCGUCGUCAUCACAGAAGCUCUCUUUUCCUUCUCUAAACAAGACUCGUUCCGGUAACAAUACCUCUUUUCUUUGGUUUCCAGUAGCGUCAUCGAAAUAUGCGGCACGGGCAGCUUCCUUCUCUGUUAAUUCGAGGCGGCAUUUCCGGGUUCGUUGCCAGCAUCCCGACAAGCAACCGCUUGUCCCAGAGAACCAGCGAUGGAUGUUCGAAGAUACCGAAUUCGAAGGCCCAGAUAUUUGGAAUACCACAUGGUAUCCAAAAGCUAAAGAUCACAUUAAUACAGAAAAGCAAUGGUAUAUCGUUGAUGCAACAGACAAAAUUCUUGGGAGAUUAGCUUCAACAAUUGCCGUAUAUAUCCGUGGAAAGAAUCUGCCCACAUACACUCCAAGCGUGGACAUGGGAGCUUUUGUGAUUGUGGUAAAUGCUGAAAAAGUUGCUGUAUCUGGAAAGAAGAGGACCCAAAAGCUGUACAGGAGGCAUUCCGGAAGACCAGGUGGUAUGACAGUGGAAACAUUUGACCAACUACAGAAGAGAAUUCCUGAAAGAAUUAUUGAACAUGCUGUUCGUGGAAUGCUUCCUAAAGGGAGGCUUGGUAGAGCAUUAUUUAAACACCUAAAGGUUUACAAGGGUCCAGACCAUCCACAUGAAGCACAGAAACCUAUUGAACUUCCUCUAACAGACAAGAGGAUACAGAAGCUGAAAUAGAUACAAAGGUGUGUUUGCCUUGAGACUGCCAGCAAUCCCUCUUUCUCCCUCGGCAGCCAUACUCUCUAAAGUUCGGCCCUUCAGACUACAGGUUUCAAGCUGACAUAAAUGUGAAGCAAACCAUUGCAUUGACAUUCUUCUCUUGCUUAUAUUUUUUGCUUGUAGAUGUGUUUGGAAUGGAACUUGCAUAUCUCCAGCCAAAGUCUGGUGCUAAUUUGUAUUUUAGAAAUCAUUCUCUAGGUUUGAUUUUCAGUCAUUUUUGUAUGUAAAUUUUAACUAACUCUUUAAAUAUGGAAUUCUGUCCUGCUUCGGCAAUUUCAAAUGGAACAUUCAUGUACCUUGGAAUGGAAACAUCCAAAAAGAAAUUCUGUCGAGAGAUUAUUACCGAAAAUUGGAUUGAUUUAAUCUCAUAAAUCAUGUUCCAAAGGUAUGUUCAAAAUUUAUGAUCAGUACUAUGUCAAGAUUGAAUCAGACAAAAGAUGUAUGAAUAAUCUAUGGUAUAACAAAUAUCACUUUCUUCCAUGCCAAAUCGUGAAAUCAAUGAGCUUGAAGAAUGGACGGAUCAAACGUUCUUCUACAUGGAAUCAAUCUACUUCCUUCCCACCCUGUUAAGUCUCUGCAACUGGUAAUUAAUGCUUCCAAAAGCCUUUUUGUUAUUAUUUGUCUGCAAGAAAGUAAAUCAUAACGUUUCUU